AUGAUCAUGAAAAUGUUGUUGAAUGAUGAUCAAGGGAAAUGUUGUGGUGCUCAGGGGGAUAGGAGUUGUCCACAUGAGGGCAAUAUUGGUAAAAAUGAUGUUGAAGGUAAAGGUGAUGUUAAUGAUCAUGCAUAUGAGGACGAUGUUGAUAAAAAUAAUGAUUUUUUGAAUGAGAAAGAUAAUGAAGAUGAUGAACAACGAAAUGGAAGUGGAUUCAAUGAAAAAGAGGCCAUGAAAUUAAAUUCUAUCGAAAAUGUUAGGACUGUAAAUUUUGGAGAGGAUGAUCAUAAGAAAGAAGUAAUUUUAGAUCACACUGUUGAUAAAGUUAUUGUAGAAAAGAAGAAAGAAGAUGAUUAA